CCUUUUAUUCCACAUUUUUCCCUUUUUCCCUACUUUUCCAAUCCAUCCAAGACUUUCGAUGUUUUUAUGUUGUAUGAAUUCACUGUUUCUUGAAUCAAUACCCAGUGCUCACAAAUUUGCACGUGUUUCGAGGAAAACUUCUACAGAACGACAGGUUGGCCAAGUUAACUGUCUAUUAUCAUAUCAGAAUUCGACUAGCCUACGAGUUCCCCUUGUUGUUGAGCAACAACCACCUACUUUAUACUUUAUUACAAAUCGCUAUCGCUAUAGCGGAUUCCUCAUUAUCUAUCUACUUGCUAUCAAGUGAAUGCGACCUUGUUUAUUACUAUUACUAUGUUUCAACCUUUGUGUGUCGCACUCGAACAAGUAUCCAUUAGCUAGAUGUCAAUAUUCUCGAACUAAGCAUCUACUUCCUGACGCUUCAAGUUUUGUAGAACUCUGUGAGUAAACAAUCACGAUGGCCAGUGUUUUUACAACAAAAAGACCACAUAAGAAGUCGAGGGCAGGAUGUCAAACCUGCAAGACAAAAAAGAUCAAGUGUGAUGAAGCUAAACCAACAUGCUCGUUUUGUGAAAUCAGAAAGCUUUCUUGUCAAUACAUACAAAAGGUCGCCAAGGUGAAUGAUACUACUAGUCCAAAGGAACACAACCAAACUACCUCUUUGGUAAAAUCUAGUACUCAUGAUUGGCCUGUUCAAUCAGUCGACUUCUCCUGGGACCCCAGAAGUGCACCAUUCCCGCCAUUGCGUACAGCCACUGGAGUACUUUCCGUGAUGGAUCUACGUAUGGUGCAUCAUUACUCUACAUAUACAGGACCAAUCGUGGCUCUCGGACCUGCAGCAUGUCAUGUAAUGAAAGUGACUGUUCCAUCUCUUGCCUUUGAGAAUCCAUUCUUAUUGAAUGGGAUGUUGGGGUUGGCAUCUCUUCACAAUCAGCAUCUGCUUCCACAAAACGAAGAGCAUAAACAGCAAACGGCUCUUUACCGUGGAAAGGCAUUUCGUGAUUAUCGCGCUGCAUUGGAGACCGUUACCAAGGAUUCGAAGAAUUACGAAGCAGUCCUCGUAAUGGCAUUACUCCUUGUAGUGCUUGCCUCGGGAGACCGGGGUGAUAACGAUGAGCUUACGGUAGCAAGCUGGAUGGGUUUAUAUAGCGGAUUGCGUAUCAUCGUUUCGAUGAAAACCUCAGAUGGAGGUGUAACCAACACUACUUCUGUUGGCCCACUCUUCGUCCGGAAUUUUAAUGAUCUACUCGCUACUCCGGUGGUCCCAUCUGCCCUAUUACAUAUGCUACGUAUGGAUCCUGAAGAUCAAGAUUAUGAGGACUUGCAGGUGUAUUGCGGAACUUUGGAUGCUUUAGGCAACCUUUAUGCAAGUCUUCGUCAAGAUGAACUUAGCGAGCCUUUGUUCAUUCGUAUAAUCUCGUGGCCAUCUUUCACUCCCAACGAAUUCACAUCUUUAGUAAAGAGAAAACGGCCUAGAGCACUGGUUAUUUGCGCGUAUUACAUGUCCUUUAUCAAACUCGUUUCUGGACUUUGGUGGCUCGAGGGUUUAGCAGAUCGUGAUAUUCGCGCAAUCGCUGACAUGCUGGGCCCCAACUGGAAUCAUGUACUGGAUGUUCCGCUUGAAAUAUUACAGACACAGGACAAGAAUAGGAUCGCCCGUACACUGCUUCGAUGA